AAAAUUUAUAAAAAAAAAAAUUAAUUUUAAAAUAUGCAAUAAAUUGCAAUAUUAAGUAUUUUACAAAAAAGUAUUAAAAUUAUGUGCACUAAAGCUAAAAAUAUGAAAAUUUUACUCCAAUCAACAAAUUAAUAAAGGAUUACACCAAAUGGAAUCAUGAAAAAUUAAAGCCAAUGUGUAAAUUUUGAAACAAGAAAGGACACGACACAUUCCCACAAAAUUCUUUAAAAUAAAGUGAUUUUGUCUAAAACUGAAUUUAAAGACAGUUGCUUAAUAUAAACAAGUUAUUUUUUUUUGUACCAAAAAAGUUUUGUUCACAGAAUUAUUUUUUAGAAAAAAUUUUGAAAUUUUAUAAAACGGAUUGAAAAACGUACCAAUGUGAAUGCAAUUGUUUUUGCAAUAAUUAAUUUGGUUACAACAAGGUGGAGAAAUAAUCUGACAAAUAGUCAAAUGCCUCGAUCUAAUGUAACGAAAAGUUUUGUUAAAGAGAAUGGCUUGACUGUAUUUACAAUAUUGGGCGUCUUAGUUGGUGGUUCAGUUGGUUUAUUAUUAAAAAAUAAUACGGGACCAUGGACGCCCAGAGAAAUUAUGUAUGUGUCGUUUCCUGGCGAACUAUUUUUACGUAUGCUAAAAUGUUUAAUUGUACCAUUAUUGGUAUCAUCGAUAACAAGCGCUAUCGGUUCAUUGGAUCUAAGUAUGUCCGGUAAAAUUGCGACCAGAGCAAUUGUUUAUUAUUUUAUAACAACCGUAUGUGCUGUUAUACUGGGUAUUAUGUUAGUUACUGCCAUUAAACCGGGUAAAGUUGGUGAAAAAGAUUUAAUUGAUGAAAUAAUAACAGAAGAUGUUGAAAAAAAUACAAAAGUUUUAACACCAGAUACCCUUAUGGAUCUAGUACGUAAUAUGUUUACUGACAAUAUUGUACAAACAACAAUGUACCAAUAUCGUACUGAAUUAUCAUUACCUAAAAAUAAUACAGAUCCGAAUUUACCAUUAGAAUUGUAUGUUAUAAAAGGUAAACAAAAAGAAGGAUCAAAUGUUUUAGGUUUGGUUAUGUUUAGUAUAGUAUUGGGUACAACAAUUGGAAGAAUGCGUGAAAAAGGUAAAAUAUUACAAGAUUUCUUUGAGUGUUUAAGUGAUGCAAUGAUGAUAAUAACAUCAUGGGUUAUUUGGUUAUCACCAAUCGGUGUUGGUUUCUUAAUCACUGGUAAAAUUCUUGAAAUGAAAUCCUUAGGUAUGGUUGUACAACAACUUGGAUGGUAUUUCCUAACGGUUAUGUUAGGUUUAUUUUUACACGGUUUUGGAACAAUUGCUGUACUAUUCUUUUUGGGUACAAGAAAAUUACCAUAUCGUUUUGUUGCAAAAUUAUCACAAGUUUUAGCAACAGCAUUUGGUACCGGUUCAAGUUCAGCUACAAUGCCAGUUACAAUUAAAUGUUUAGAUGGUAUGGGUAUUGAUCCGAGAGUAACAAGAUUUGUUAUACCAGUUGGUGCUACAAUUAAUAUGGACGGUACUGCAUUAUAUGAAGCCGUUGCUGCAUUAUUUAUUGCACAAUAUCGUAAAGUAUAUUAUUCAUUUGGUACAAUUGUUGCUGUUAGUAUCACUGCCACUGCUGCAUCAAUUGGUGCAGCUGGUAUCCCACAAGCUGGUCUUGUUACAAUGGUCAUGGUAUUAGAUACCGUUGGCCUACCAGCUAAAGAUGUAUCAUUAAUUAUUGCUGUCGAUUGGCUAUUAGAUCGAUUCCGUACCACAAUAAAUGUUAUGUGUGAUUCCCUUGGUACAAUUUUAGUAAAUCACUUAUCGAAAAAUGAUAUAUCAAAAAUUGAUCGACAUCAUGCACACGAUCCACACGAAUUAGAAGAACUUGGUACAUCAAAUGGUGGAGAUUUCAAAGAAUAAAAUUAACAACAAAAAAAAAUUAUAAGAAAAAAAAAUUUAAAAAAAAAAAAUAUUUUAUUAUAAGUCUUACAUUUUUUUUUUGUCUUUUCUGUUUUAGACUUAAUUGUAAUUACAAAAGAAAACAAACGAAUUUAUAUAUAUAUUUUUUUUUUGCUUUAAAAUUAAUUAUACUCACCCAGUUAUUAAUAAAUAGUUAACCAAAAUUACGAUAAUUAAAAAUUAAAAAAUUUGAAACAAAAAAAAAAUUAUUUUAUUUUGAAACCGAAAUUAUUUUAUCGUCUGCAUAUCAAUUUAAUUUAUUAUUUAAAACCACAAUCAAAGCUAUAAAAAUUAUGUAUUCGAUAUUGAAAUUAUAGAAAAUUAGUCAAAAAGUGUAUAAGAAUAAAAAAAUUUUUUUGUAAGUUAUUAAAUUAAGGAAAAAAACAAUUUAAAAGAAAAAAAGAAUAAAAUAACAGUACAAUUUUGGGUGCAUACAUUUCUCCACAUACAACAUUUAUGAAAAUAUUAAAAAUUUCAAUUAUAAAAUUAUUAAUUAAAGAAACAAGUUUAUAUACAUAUACAUAUAUAGAUAACCUAGUCACGGAACGAAAAAUCAUAUAUAAAAACAAAAAUUACAUAUUUACAUACAUAAAAAUACCAUCGUCUAUUUUAAUCCAAAAUAAGAGAAAGAAAUUAUAGGUUUAAAUGUAAAGGUAAAAAAAAAUCAAAACAUAAAAUUUGUGAUGAAAAAAAAUUUUUAACAAUUUUACAAAUCGAACACCAAAGAAAAUUGUCAAUAUUUACAAUGUCAAAACAACUUUUGGGUUUAUUCGAAUAACAAAUGAUCCUUUUAAUUAACCAAUUGACGACUUGAGCUUUCCAGGAAAAUCCUGAAAAUAAUUCAUAGCACGCAUUACUUGCUUUUGAUUUUGAGUCUGAAGAAAAUUGAUGUCAAAAUUAAAACAGUGAAAUAAUUGUUAAAUAAAAUCAAAAAACAAAAUUUCAUUUUUCAAUUAGAAUAAAAAAGAAUAUUAUUAAAAUUACAAGAUAAAUAACUUCAAAUAUUUAUUCUUUGACAUAUUUUUGACAUGUAGACAAAAUGCCAAAAAAAAUAUUAAUGUCAACUGUCAGUUAGUUUUUAACAUUGAAUUUAUUAUCACAUUUUCAAGUCGCUGUUAUUAAAGGAAACUUUAUUGCAUUUACAAAAGGAAAAUUUUUAAAUUUCGAAUUGACUCUAAAUAUAUACUUUUAUUUAUAUAUAUAUAUUUAUACAAUAAUUAAAACAUUUGGUAAUAGACACACAAAACAUUUUUUUGACAUUAUCAAUGUUGCAUCUUUUGCACUAUUUUUUUUUUAUAUGAUAAAUUUGCAUUAUUUAAUUUUUAUAUAAUAAAUAUAAUAAUUUAUAUAGAUUAAUAAUUAUUUUUUUUUUAAAUUUCUGAACCUUUUUUUAUUGUUUUAAUGACGCCAUUUUUCUUUUCUGCGAAAUUAAAAAAAAACAACAUCAAAUAUAUAGAGAAAUGGCAAAAUUAUUGAAUUAUUUUUUAAAAAUUGCGAAUAAAUUUUUUACCAACUUAUGAUUAUUGUUCGCAUUAAAUAAGAAUUUAAUUUAAAAUAUUAAAAAAAAAUAUAUUAUAUAUGAGCAUGUAUUUAUUAUAUUUACCAAUAAUCAUUUAUAUAUUAAAAAAAUAUUAUUUAAAAUUUUUGAGGAAAAAAAGAAUUUACAUUUUAUGAAAUUUAUUUAUUAUAAGAAGAAUUUAAAAUAUUGCAUGACUUUUUUUUUAAUUCUUAAGUAAAUAAUUAAAUUAUUUAUUAUAUAUAAAGUAAAUUUUUGAUUUUAUUGUCAUAUUAUUAUAAAAAUAAUCGAAUUUAUGUUUACAAAUAUUAAAACUAAAUUUUUAAUUUUUAAUUGAACAAAAACAAAAAAAAAUUAUUAUUAUAUUUUUAUUAUUAUUAAACAUUUGACAUAAAUUGUCUUUAAAACAUACAAAUAUUAUAUUUAUACAAUUAAUAUUCAUAUUUAUAUAUAUAAUCACAAUAUUACAUAUAUACUCGUAACAUUAUUCCAUUAAAAAUUAAUUAAUUUUAUUUUUAAACGAAAAAAAUUUAAAAUAUUUAUAAAUGCAAAUUUUCAUAUGAAAAAUAUUUUUUUUUUUUGUUAAAGAUACCAUCGAUAAUGUUUCUUUUAUUAAUUGCAUUGCAAAAAAUUUAUUAUAUUGAGCUGCAUUUGAUAUUUAAUUAUAUUUCUUUAUUUUAAAACAAAAAAAUUUCGGUACAUCUAUUUAAUAAGCCUAGUUGCCUUUGUUAUAAACAAAUUCUAUUUUUGAUUUGUUUAAGGUAAUUAAAAAUUCUUUAAAAUAUAGAGAAAUAUAGAAUUAUUUUAAAAUAUUAUUAAGUAUUUUGUUUGUGUGUCUCUUUCUUGCAUAUAUUAAUUAUUGUAUAUAUAAAUGAUUAUAAACAUAAAAUUGACUCUUAUACAAAUUAAUAAAAUUGUCACAAAUAUUUAUAUUUAGAUUUCAACUCAUUUUCGUAUAUAAAUACAUUAUAACAAAAAAUCUGUAAUGUAUAUUAGAAUUUAAAAAACAAAAACACAAUAUAUUAUUAAAAAACACACAACAAAUACAAAAUUUAUUCAUAAAUAUAUUAUACAUAAUACACACACAUAACAGACAAACAUUAUAUAUACAGUAAACACUCAAAACAUUUUAUUUUUACGAGAUUUACUUAUAUGUUACGAAUCAAAUGAAAAAAUUAAUAAAUAAAUAAAUAAAAUGAUUAUUAAAUUAUAUUAUAUAAAACUCAUUUAUUAAUUAAUAAAAUUUUUUUUUUGUAAAUAUUAUAAUAUAAUUUAUAGAAUAUAUUAUAAUAUUUAUAGAUAACGACAAUAAAUAUUAAGAUUUAUAUAUAUAUAUAUAUAUAUAUGUUAGUGUUUUUCACUUAACAGUAAAGUUUAUAUAUAUAUAUAAAAUAAAAAUUAAAAAAUUAAUACCAAAUGUAAGAAAUUUAUGGGAGAAAAUACAGAAAAAUAAAAAAAAAUAAAAAAAAAAUAUUAUUAAAAAAAAAAUUAAAUGUAUGUCAAAUGGAAAUUAAGUUAUUUAAAUAAAAAAAAAAAAUUAAGAUUAGUUAAACGUAAAAAAAAAACAUAUUUUAUAGUAAAUAUUAAAAAAAGAAAAAAACAAAAAAAAUAUAAAAUUCUGUGCAAAAUUAUUGCUCUAUAUCGUAAAUUUCUUGGAUAUUUUUAUUAAAAUUCCCAUAUUAUAUUUCAAAAUUGGGAUAAAAAUCCCUUUUUAUUUUCCCUCUUUUUGCUUUUUAUAUUAUG